CGUCGCCAUGGGAACAGCCGCGGCGGCCGGGCUGGCGCGCGCGGCUCUCCUCCCUCGGUCUCCACCGCUCCAGGGGCGGGUGGGGUGGGGUGGGCUGAGCCGGGGCUGUCACAGCCUCCGCCGCUACCGCUGCCACCCGGGGAAGACCAGAGCAAAGCAGCGCACGAGUCCCGAGAAAGAGAGAGAGAGAGAGGGGCUGCAGGGCGGCCGGUCCCCGUCUAGGACCAAGGAGCGCGGCGAUGUGAACUAUGAGUGCGGCGUGGACACUAUCACCGGAGCCUCUGCCGCCGUCGACGGGGCCCCCGGUGGGCGCGGGCCUGGACGUCGAGCAACGCACGGUGUUCGCCUUCGUGCUCUGCCUGCUCGUGGUGUUGGUUCUGUUGAUGGUGCGCUGUGUACGCAUACUGCUAGACCCCUACAGCCGCAUGCCCGCCUCGUCCUGGACCGACCACAAGGAGGCGCUCGAACGUGGGCAGUUCGACUAUGCGUUGGUGUGAUGGGGAACCAGUCCGGGGCAGGUCCUUAGAUUCCCGCAAGGGUCAGCCCCGUGGAGGGGUGCCACCANCCUGGACUGCGCUCAGGGUUAUGCCUAGAUGCCCUAGCUCGGAGUUGAGGGUGUUCGAAGAAGUCCAGUCCUUACCCACCUUAGCCACCCAUCUUCCUUCCUGGCCAGGCCAGAACCCCACCUGGUGCCUU